CACGUUUAGUUUAGUCUGCUGCGUGUUUUAUUGUGACAGGUCAGACCGGACGUGUGUGCGCGCUACUGUGCGCUGUCUUCACUCUGGUCGUGUCUCAUUGGAGGAGUGAGGACGCUCACACUGAAGGGAGGAAGGCUCUUUUUGGGAAACUUGAGGACAUGCGGCGUCUUCUGCAAACUUUACUCAAACCCAACUUUGUGCGAGCUGAAGAAAGAGCCGAAGAGUGAAGAAUGAAGUGAAGAAGAGCGGAGAGGAAGAGGAGGAGGAGAGGAAGAGGAGGAAGAGGAGGAGGAGGAGGAGGAGGAGGAGGAGGAGGAGGAGAAGAGCCGUUCACUCCCAUUGAUCCAAUAUCGAGUAAAGAUGCAGGCUGCUGCUGCUGCCAUGGCUCUCACUGUGCUGAGUGUUUUCUUCAGCCUGGACUGCCUGUCUGCUCACCGGUCCACACAGAACCAGAGUGAUGAGGCAGAACCGAAGAAGAAGAACCAGCCGCACAUCAUCUUUAUCCUCAUAGACGACCAGGGCUUCAACGACAUCGGCUACCACAACCCGACCAUCAAGACUCCCACUCUGGACAAGCUGGCGGCGGAGGGCGUGACGCUGGAGAACUACUAUGUUCAGCCCAUCUGCACGCCGUCACGCAGCCAGCUCAUCACCGGCAGAUAUCAGAUCCACACGGGACUGCAGCACUCCAUCAUCAGACCCAGCCAGCCGAGCUGUCUGCCUUCACACAUGGACACUCUGCCGGAGAGGCUCCGCGAGGCCGGCUACGCCACACACAUGGUGGGCAAGUGGCACCUGGGCUUCUACAGGAAGGCGUGUCUACCCACCAGAAAGGGUUUUGACAGUUUCUUUGGUUCUUUAACAGGAAGUGUGGAUUACUACAGUUAUGGGUCCUGUGAUGGCCCGGGCUUGUGUGGGUAUGAUCUCCAUGACAACGAGGGCGUGGCGUGGGGCCAGGAAGGGAAGUACUCCACCACGCUCUUCACACAGAGAGCUCGCAAGAUCCUGGAGAGUCACGACCCCGCGGACAAGCCCCUCUUCCUGCUGCUCUCCCUCCAGGCAGUUCACACUCCGCUACAGACCCCCAAGUCCUACAUCUACCCCUACCGUGACAUGGCUAACGUCGCCAGGAGGAAGUUCGCCGCCAUGGUGUCCACGGUGGACGAGGCGGUCCGAAACGUCACAUACGCUCUGAGAAAGUACGGAUUCUACCGGAACAGCGUCAUCAUCUACUCCACCGACAACGGCGCCCAGCCAUUCACAGGAGGGAGCAACUGGCCGCUACGAGGCCGAAAGGGUACGUAUUGGGAAGGUGGAGUCCGUGGAGUGGCGUUCGUUCACAGCCCGCUGUUGAGACGCCGGAGACGGGUCUCCAAAGCUCUGCUGCACAUCACUGACUGGUUCCCAACGCUAGUGGGACUGGCCGGGGGAAACACCAGCCAGAGUCACGGCCUGGAUGGUUUUGAUGUUUGGCCCACCAUCAGCGAGGGGAAGGAGUCACCUCGUCAGGAGAUCCUUCACAACAUUGACCCUCUCCACCAUCCUCCCGCCCAAACCAUGAACUGGGAUGCCAGCACAGACAGAGCCUCAGUACUCAAAUCGAAAGGCCCAAAGAAGCCAAAGAAGAAGAAGAAGAUCCUGAAGCAGAAACCAAAGCAGAAGUCAGCGUUCAAGUUGAAGACCACCAAGAAACCUCGGACCUUUUCCCAUGCUAAGCCUAAACCUAAACCUAAACCCAAGCCCAUUCCCAAACCAAAGCUUAAGCCCCUCCCAAAAUCAAAACUCAAACCCAAACCCAAGACCAAAGUCUACCCUCAGAGCCAGAGACCGCCACAUUACAAUCCACAUGUGAAGUCCCACUCCAGUGGUGCUCCAUCAGUAUCAGGAACAUCUCGCCCUAAAUCUCAACCUCAGAGCCAAUCACGUUUAAAGUCAAAAUCCAGGCGCAACAUAUCCCAGAAGCAGAACCUGUCACGGUCAAGACCACCUCAACCAAAAUCCAAAAGGCAGCUCAAAUUACAUUUAAAGUCCAGGCGGACGUUAUCGCAGUACCAGAACAUGUACCAGAACAUGUCCCAGCCAGGGAUGCCGCAGACAAAGUCCCAACCAGCGCCCCAGUUAAGUCUCCAGCCCGUGUGGGACGCGUCAGUCCAGGCUGCCAUCAGAGUUGGAGACUGGAAGCUGCUAACAGGAGACCCAGGUCACGGAGACUGGGUCCCCCCACAGGUUCUUCCCAAUCUCCCUGGUCGCUGGUGGAACCUCGAACGCGUCGUCUCGACGUCCCCCAAAUCCUCCACCCUCAAAAACAUCUGGUUGUUCAACAUCACGGCCGACCCGUGUGAGCGGCAGGACCUGGCACACCAGAGACCAGACGUGGUCCAGCAGCUGAUGGCCCGACUCGCAUUCUACAACCAAUCAGCCGUGCAGGUUUAUUUUCCGCCCGACGACCCUCGAGCCGAUCCCAGCCUGCACAGCGGGGCCUGGGUCCCCUGGGUGGACGAAGAGGAGGACGAAGAGGGGAAAUAUCACGGAGUGUACAAGAAAGGGAAGAACAGUAAGAAGAAGAGGAAGAAGCCGAAGUGCCCGCUGUGCAAGCUGCAGUCGUUCUUUCUGAAAUUGAACACCAGGUUGAUGUCCAAUCGGAUCUGAAUCAAAGUCUGAGUCAAAGACGUCAAAAUGAAUGAAAUGUUUGUACAUUGUUACAUCUUUGCUUCCCUAAAACCAGAGAAAAUAAGUGGUAACCGGGUGAGAUAACUCCACGAGAUUCAGCUGAAGCCAACCUCUUUCUAAAACAUGUCCUUUCACUGGCUUCACUUUUCUACAUGUGCCUCUAAAAAUCAAGUCAAAAUGGUUUAUGUACCGUCAGAUAUCUCAUCUGAGGCUACAUCCACAAAGGAGACGUGUGAGAACGCCGCUGACCCUGUUUUAGUUUUAAAACUCCAGGGUUGCGUUUCAGUCUGGACGGACAGAAACCAAGAUCUUUGAAAAACGAUGACGUGCUUAUCGAUUGGGUCUUAUCAGUCAUGACGUGUCCUUCCCUGAAUCGUCACGUCCCAUCACGUGAACCUUUUACCGGAAGAAAACAAACAACAUCCGCCUCGACCACCAGCGGUUCAUUUCAACAUGGAUGACGAGCGUCACAAGCGUUGCUGACCUUGUUGUCUCUGCCAGCAGCUGUUGUGCGGUUAAAUUCUACAUUUUAUAAUGCUGCUGCUGCCUAUACGCAGGAGGGAAGCUGGGCAAGCACGUGCAUGCCCAGUGUACGUGAAUUGUCAUGUGAUAUGCGUUUUCAGGCGUGGUAGUAUGGACGGAGAUUCAUUCUGAAACGGCCCUUAGACGCUCGUCUGGACGGAAAUCGUUUCUAAAACGGCGUUUUAAAAUGAAAUGGUAUUAGUGUGGGUGUAGCCUGAGAUGAAGGACCUGAGGUGACGUGGACAGUCCAGCAGUAAGAACCCUCAUGUGUUAAGACUGCAUUCACACCAGAUCAGGCGUUGCGGCGAAAACGCAGGUUGUCCCAUUCAUUUAGAAUGGGGGUAAUGGGUUUGGGGUGCCG